AAUCGAGGUUGCUUUCCGGUUCCUGUUUACGCUCACCAGCAAAAGAAUUUAACAAAACUUCAAAGAUAAUUUUCAAGUAGAAAUAUUGAUAUUUUUUUAAAACGACUACGAUUUUUAAAUUCCUCGAUGGCAUUUUAGUCUAGUUAAAGUUAUUUUAAAACGAUUUAUGACCAGGAACAUAUCUAAUUUCAGGCAUUUUUAACUGCCCCUCACCAUGACAGAGCAGCGUCAACAGACAUCGUUCGAAAUCAGCGAUCGUGUAAAUAUCGGAUCCCCAUCUCCUGUGCCUGUGGCCCAACUGAUAGAAGAGACAGAUGUUUGGAAUUACUUAUCCUGCAUGGGAGUUGACAGACACAUGAUUCAUUCUCUUCUCAUCAAUUGCAUGUAUACCGGUUAGUAUUUUAUAUAGUAAGAUUAGCUACAUUUAAUUAUAAAUUUAACUUUAAUUUGCAUUUCGUAAUCAGAUUUAUUAGUCGGUAAAUGACAGCAUUAUACUGAAAACAUUAUCGGCUUCAAAUAUAUUAAUUAAAUAAAUCUUUAUAUUUAUAAUCAAUGACUUUUUUUCGCUUGUUUACACCAUGUACAUGUACAUAUAUUCACCAAAAACAUUUUAAUAUAUAUUAUAUAUGUAUGCAAAAUUUAAUUCGAUGAAAAAUGCUUUCGCUAUUAAGCAAAGACAGAUUUCAUGAAAAGAAAAGAGCUAUAAAUACUGUACUUUUCAACAUCUCUUUUAUUUUUAAAAUUUUCCUGUAUUUAGUAAUAUGCAGAUUCAUUACGUCAUAUAUAAAUGUGUAAAUAUAUAUACACAACUUUUCAACAUGUUAACUAGAACUGUUUCUUUGUGGUCCCUCUAUUUUUUUUUCAGUAUAUGAUCUCUGCACAUUGCUGGUCAGUGGUGAGAUGGAUUGAAGACAUCGCUGGACGAUUGUGGUCUCUAUGGAACAAUACUUUGAUGCCUAAUCCUAUAUGUUUAUGGUGUUUAAAAAUAAACAAGUAACUUUCCUUUUAAGUUUUAUCUUAACAACUAAGGCAUCUUAAAAAUAAGUGCCAACUAAUAGGUGACUCUUGCGAUUGUUGCAUAUAAUGAUAUGUAAUUUAAAAAAUUGCAUAUAAUGAUAUGUAAUUUAAAAAACUUUAUCAGAAAUGCAAUCAACUCAAAGGUCCCUAGUCAUUUUAAAAAUUUUGCUGGUCAACGUUUCAAACAAUUAAUAACAUGAAUAAGAAGCACACCAAUAUUACAUGUACAUUUGUACAUUUGAAACUCAUGAAAUUUUGGUGCCUUUUUUUUUUUUAGAUGGUUGGAGUUUAGAAAAGUUAAAGCAGAAUGUAUGGCAAGAAUAUCUGUUUUGGCAUUGUGUGAUAGCGGUAGUUGAAGAAAGUGUAGAACUCUCUUUUAAGGAAAAUAUGCCUAUUAUUUUUGAAAAUCUUAAUUAUAGUAGUGUAAAUGUGUCGGUAUUUCUAAGAAAAAAUCGAAACAAAAUGAAAUCGGUUUUUAAGAAAAAAGAUCUAUCUAUUGGUAAAGAGCAAGCCAUAGGGAUUGCUUUCAAAGAUGUUGGUCCCAUAUGUGAAAAAGAGGGUAUCAGUUUGGAUUGGUUGAAAAAUCCAUCUCCUAUACCAAAUAAAAUUGAUGUAACAAAUGGUCUUAUUGUUGAAUUGAGAAAAGUAAGAAUGCAACAUAGUAUAUUACACAAAACAGUUGCAUUGUGGGUUCAAUUUUUAUGUCAUUUAAAUUACACCCCUGACUCUGAUGGGUUAAAAUGCAAUAUUGAAUUAGUUUACAAAAAAUUGUCAAAGAUUUCUUUACAUGAUAGGCAAAAUGUCAGUGCCUACUUGACAGAACAAUAUAUCCCCCCUCAGAAAGGAAAUACCUUGUGUAAUUCUGACUCAAAUGAAAAAAGGAAUAGUUCAGAAAAGGUUGACAAUAAAAGGUUUCAAGACUACAUCAAUAACGCUUCUCAUAAGUUUGCCGAACAAAAAAAUAUUAUUAUUGACCUGGAAAAAAAACUGGAAAAAACAAGACAACAGAAAUUUAGUGCAAACUUGAAGUUAUUCAAAAUUAGAAAAGAACAUAAAAAAGUAACAGCUAAAUACACUGAUAGUCUAUCAAAAAUGUCUGAAUUAUCAACAAGAAAUGUAAACAAAAGACUGAAACGUAAGCAAACAAGUAUUUCACAACUAACAUCCGAAAAAAACAAACAUGAAAAGGAAAUAAAAUAUUUAAGACAAAGAAAUAAGAACAUAAAAAGAAAGUAUAAAGGACAAUCAGCACUUCUGAGAUAUUACCGGAACAAAAACCUCAAAAAAGAAAAUAGUAAUGAAACUGUUGACUCAAUAAAAAAAUCAGGUAUAAGGACGGAUUCAGAUAUGGAAAACAGAAUGAAAUAUUUGGAAAAUGAAAAUGAAAUAUUAAAAGAAAAUAUUGAAGACUUAAUGAAAUCACAAAUAGUUCAAACAUUUCAUGGGGGAAAAUAUAAUGACACUAUAAGGGAGGUAUAUGCUUCACUUCUAUCCAUGAACGUUGGAGUAUGUAAUGUCGAAAAAAUUGUUCGAACUGUUUUAGAAAAAAUGGGGGGGGGGGGUUAAAGGUUGAACGUUUACCAAAAAAAACAUUUGCAGAAACUAUGCUAAUAGAAGCAAAAAUCAUAGCACAAUUGCAGGCAACAGAAGCAAUGCUAAAUAGCAAAAAUAACACUCUACACACAGAUGGCACAAAAAGGGAUGGUCGUGAAUUUGGGGGGCUGCAAAUAGGAACUGAUAGUGGUCAGUACAGUAUCGGUUUGGUUGAAAUGUUGCGUGGGGAUACAGAAAACUUUUUAGAAAUUAUUGAUUUAGUUAUUACAGAUAUGGCAAAACUUUUACAUGAAAAUUACACUGAAAAAAAAAUGAAUUGUUGUUGUCAAUAAAAAAUACAAUGACAGACAGACACAUAGUUAAUACAUGUCUUAAAACAUCACUGGAAAAAAUUAAACUAGAAUGUAUACCAAACAGCUCUGACAAUUCUGCAGAAAUACGUAAAUAAAUAUCAAAAUUAAAUGGUUUUAAAUGUAACCUGCACAUUCUAGUAAAUUUAGCGUCACAGGCUGAAUCUGGCUUAAAGUUAUGGGAGCAGAGUGUACUUGAAUCUGAAAGUUUUCAUCAGUUCACAUACAACCAAAACACUUCUGAUUUUAUUCGUGCAAGUACAAAGCUGUGUGUGCCAGGUGCUGAUGAAAAAUCUGGGUACGGUCAACUUUUUUUAACCUUUUUAAAACAGCUUGAAAGUCCAGUUGAUUUAAAAAUGAGUACUUUUCAUGGUCACAGAAUAAAUUUAUUAUUUUCCAUGGGAGCAGCAGUUUUUUUUCAUAGAGAACACAUCAAAGAAUUUAUUGAUUCAUUUUUCAGCAUUACAGAAAGGAAUUCAUUAAUAACUUCAGUCUAUUACUAUGUAGAUAAUCCAGUCUAUCUUGCUGGUUGUAGGGCAUUUAGAAUAGUUGACAAAAUUUUAACAGGUCCUAUUUGGCGUAUAAUUGAAAGCACCUCACAUAUUUUAGAUUUGAAUAAAGUUUGGUUUGAUUUUAAAAAGAUUUUAGAAAAAUAUUCAGUAGAUGCCACAGAACUUGUUGAAGGGAAAGUCUUAUAUCCUGAAUAUACCGUUCAAGAUAAAGUUUUUGAAAGUUUAU